CGUCAACCUUCAAAAUGAAUCCGAAAAUAUUCAAAACUUUAUAUAAAUUGUUCCAAGAGUAUUAUUUUAGAGAAAAUGUAUGCGGUGAUGAGUUUAUAGAAGAGAAAUUGUUGGCAUCAGAUUCGCAUUUAACAGAUGAAGAAAUAGAAAAGUUUGUUUCGCUUGUCACCCAUAAGAAGUUCCUCGAAGCGAUCAAAAAUGAUUUCGUUUCGUUCCACAACCUCAGAAAUUACAACAAUGUUAGAAUGAUUAUGAUUAUAUUUAUCGUACUGUUUGCCUCAGACAAUGUUAGUGCCAAUGAACUAUUCGAAGUUUUUAAAGAAAUUAAAUGUGCCUUCAAACACAAAAUUUUGCAGUAUUUUUUUAAUGAAAACAAUCUAAUACAAACUGCUUUAACCGGAUGCAAAUUUUUUGAAGAUGAAUAUAUACUAAACCAAAUUAUUAAUCCUCUCCUUAACAAAACUGACGUUUUAAAAAAAAUAGAAGGGCUACUUUAUCAAGAAAAAAUCAAACAACGUACCCCAAAACCACCAACUGUUCCAGACCAAAUGGCACUGAUGCAAAGAAAAAAAGCUUCUCCAGCUGUACCACUUAAUACUCCUGUGGAAUCAAAAUUCUUUCAAGCAAAUGUUGUUCCUAAAACUCACUACCAGCAUGAUAUCACAGACAAGAAACUUCUAAGUGAAUUUGAGAAAAACAAACUAAAAGCCCAGAAAUUACUAGCACAAGCUAAAUCUUUAGAUAAGAAUUACUGCAAGCCUAAGAAACGUAUAAUUGUUGAAGAAGCUCCUAAAAGUGUCUUCAAAGCCAAGAAAGCUCCUACUAAAAAAAUAAAUGUUGAAACAAGAGGCAACGUCGCUGCUGUUUUAAGAGAGGCAAGUGUUUGUAUAAAACAACAAGAAAAAGACAUAAAAAAUAUUGAAAGUUUGCUAAAAGGAGGUGCAACUUUAGAUAAGUACAAAGAGUUGGAAGAGAAUCUUCGUCAGCUAGAACAACAAAAAUCAAUUGAAGAGAUUGAGCGAAAGCAUUUAGAAGGCUUAUUAACCUUCGAAGAAGCCAUUUUGGCCAAGAGAAAGUUGAUCGAGUGUAAUAAAGAACGUUUCAAAGAAUUUAUGGAAGAGCGUGACACAUUUUUAAAACAGUUGGAAGAUUGGAAAGAGGAACAGCAAAAGAAAAUAAAGAUAAUAGUGAAGAAGUGCCAAGAAAUAGAACGAAAUGCAAAAGAUUCUGAUAGGAAACUCAAAGAAGAAAAGAGAACUCAAGCCAAUCAGUUUAAGGAGGAGAAAAGACAAAUGUUGCAAAAUGCGUAUGAAAAACAAAAAGAAGAGUUGGCCAAAAAGAUUAAAUUGAUUGAAGAAAUCAAAGCUCUGCAUGAAAUGAAAACUCUUCAUUCUGCUAAUAAAGAGUUUGACAGAACUGAGUGUCCCAAACUUGGUUUACUGUGCGAAAUGUCAAUUGCAGAUUUGCAGCAAAAACUUGCUGAAAUGAAAGACAAAAUGGAACGUCAAUUGGAACAGAAGCGAAAGUGUAUUCAAAAGUACAAAGAGAGACAGAGGCUGAUGAUAGAAAACGUGAAGAAUUUUAUUACGCAAACUCGAAUGUCAAAGCCGAAACAAUCAACUGUGCCAAAUCGUCCAGCAAAAUUAGCACAAAGUGCUGAUCUAGAUAAACUGAGAGGUCAGUUAGAAGAAGCAAGAGAAUUGAGGAAAAACAGUGUUAAACUUGAUACAAGACCAUGUCCUCAUCAUUUACAAAGAUACAGAUAUACUUUAAACAUAUAAUUGUAAAAAAAUUUGAAAAAUACACGUUUUGU